AUGUCUCCCUUAAGACGCGAUGGUAUUGUUCCCGAUGUCAUCGAUUCGGUGCCAAAGGAUACGAUUACGGUGAAGUACUCGUCUGGAGUUGAGGUAAAUCUCGGCAAUGAAUUAACACCGACUCAAGUGAAGAACAGGCCAGCGGUGAGCUGGACGGCGGACACCGGUAGCCUCUAUACGCUAAUAAUGGUAGACCCGGACGCGCCCAGUCGUCAGGACCGGGCGUACGGCGAUGUAAAACAUUGGUUAGUGAUUAACAUACCGGGCGAUGACGUUAGCAAUGGGCACACUUUGGCUGAAUUUGUCGCUUCCGGUCCACCGAAAGACUCGGGUCUUCACAGAUAUAUAUUUCUAGUGUAUAAACAGUCGGAUGUGAUUCACACCGACGAGAAGACUGUGUCCGAGCGUUCAAUCGAUGGCAGAAUGAUGUGGAAU